ACAUCACAGGGCAAAGAGAAAGCGAGCUACUGAGAAAGAAAAAAAAAAAAAACAUGAAAGCUUGCUAAGGAGGAAAGAAGCAAAUCUGAGCAGCAACAGAAAAGAAAAAGAAAAAGAAAAAGAAACGAUAGAGAGGUUAGUUACCCCCAAAUUUUCUUGCAGACUUUCUCUCAUUUUCUUGGAGGAGAGAGAAAGCUAGAAACUUUCUAACCGAUCCUCUUCGAUCUGCACACUCUUUAUCAAUAAACAACGAGGGCAAUAAAUGCCUUAGAUCCGAGUUUACUAACAAACAUUCUUUACAUUGUAAUGUGCCUUUAAAGUUCUUCUCUGUCUUCCAAUUCGAGAUCUUAUUUGCAUUCAACGAGUUUUCAACUCUCUUUCAAGAAUUUUGACUUUCGAGUUAUUUGGGUAGUCAAGUCAAGUGCUUUCACUGAGCUUGAAACGGUGAGUUGUUAUUUCUUUUUUUGCAAUUUGCGCUUCCGUGGAAGGUGAUAAAGACUGAUACAAGUCCAAUUUGAGUAUGAAUUGGGGAGGUGGGGGGUGAAUGUGAUGGUUUGGUACCAUGGGAUCAUUCGGCUGAUGGGAAUUUAGGGUUUUUAGAUAUUGUAUUGCAAGUUGAAGGAUUCGAUUUGGUUCUUAUUGGAUAUGUUGCUAAGCUUCCACAUUUUGAAUGGUACAGUUGAUUCAGUUAUUUGUGAAUUAUAUGUGUAUAAGUUUUGGGUUGCUUGAAGUGGGUUUAAGUUAAUGGAGCAUGUGAAGAAGGCAAUUUGAAUUCAAGGAUAAAAUAUUUUAAUUUUAUGCAAGUAAUGGGCAAUUGGAUUUGGGAAAGGCAUUGUUUUGGUUGUGGUUUAAAGCGCAGGUUGAAGUAAUCAUUUUGGAAUUUUAGUUUGUAGCGGAAAUGCCUCCUUCUCCGGCAUUGAGAUAUUCUCCCAGGAGGGAGCCAAGAGGUGAGAAUCAUAAGCGAGGUCGCAGUCUUGAAGGGGGAUUGGUCUUCAAGGAGAAGGAUGACGAUCUUGCUUUGUUCAAUGAAAUGCAGUCCAAAGAAAGAGAAAAUUUUUUGCUCCAGUCCUCUGAUGACUUUGAAGACACGUUUUCUACAAAGUUGAAACACUUUUCAGAUUUGAAGCUUGGGAUUUCUAUUCCUGUUCGAGGAGAGAGUAGUGAACUGCUUAAUGCAGAUGGGGAGAAGAAUGACUAUGAUUGGUUAUUAACUCCUCCCGACACUCCUCUCUUUCCUUCAUUGGACGAUGAGCCGCAGCCAGUUAAUGUUACAUCCAGGGGCAGGCCUCGGAGUCAGCCUAUUACUAUAUCAAGGUCAUCCACGAUGGAGAAGAGUUACAGAAGCAGCAGGGGCAGUGCAAGUCCAAAUCGCUUAAGCCCAUCACCUCGGUCUGGUAGCAGUUCAUAUCAAUCCAGGGGAAGGCCAUCAUCAGCACCUCUUUCUAGCCCCACUCAUAGCCAACGACCUGCCACUCCAUCACGCAGACCUUCUCCUCCUCCAACUAAAGCUUCAGCUCCUGGUCCAAGAUCUUCAACUCCAACUCCAACGAGAACAAACACAGGGUCAGGAGGAAGGGGAGUUUCCCCUAUAAGAACAAGUCGAGGAAACUCUGCUUCACCAAAAAUAAGCGCAUGGCAGACAAAUAUCCCUGGUUUUUCUUCUGAGGCACCACCCAAUCUCCGCACUUCAUUGGAAGAUCGACCAGCAUCUUAUGUAAGGGGCUCUUCACCAGCAUCCAGGAAUGGUAGGGACUCGGGCUCAAAAUUUGGCCGGCAAUCAAUGUCUCCAACUGCUUCUAGAAGUGUUAGUUCAUCGCAUAGUCAAGACCGAGACCGGAUUAGCUCACAUAGUAGAGGUUCUGUAGCAUCAUCUGGCGAUGAUGAUGUGGAUUCUUUGCAAUCCAUUCAUGUGGGUAGCUUAGAUCGCUUAGCGUCAAAGAGGACUGGCACUUUUCCAAAUAAUAGAGCUGUGGCAUUUUCUAAGAAAUCAACUAGAAUACUGUCCCCAAGUUCUGCUCCAAAGAGAUCGUUCGACUCUGCUCUUCGUCAAAUGGAUCGGAAGAGCCCUCAGAACAUGUUCAGACCACUCUUAUCCAGUGUGCCCAGUUCUACCUUUUAUGUUGGAAAAACAAAUUCUGCACACCGUCCUUUGAUAUCUAGGAAUUCUUCAGUUACGACUAGCAGUAAUGCAAGUUCUGAUCAAGGUAACAGUGGUGCACCUGAUACUGAAGGAAGUGACCCCCACCAGGAAGAUAUGGUAUUUGAAAGUGGAAAUACAACACACCCUGAUGUGCAGGAAGAAAUAUUUGCGUUUGAUAAGGUGGAUAAAUUAAAUAAGGAUGUUGAACAUGAAAUGGGUGAUGGUUUGCUUCGGUUUCAGGUUGGUGAUUUGGAAAGAAACCUUUCCACUGAAUGUGAGCCUAAUAAUUCUGAAGAAUUCCGCCACCAGGAGAUUGAUAUGGAAAUCAGUUCUGCUUCAGACACAUUAUGUGCCAGAGCUGAUUUUUCGGAAGUUGGUAGUCUAGAAAACACAAAAGUUUGUUCUAAAUGUGGUUGUAGGUAUCAUGCCAUUGAAAUGGUAGAAAAGCACAUAAAUCUUUGUCCAGAUUGCAGCAGACAAGACAAUCUUGUGGCUGCCACCAGUCUGGAUACAAGCAUAGUUGCUCUUGAGAACUCUCCAAUGUUGUCUAUGAAUGUUUCUGAAGAAUACGUGCCUUUUGAUGAGCCUGAGACGCAAGUGGCUGUACCUGAGUCACAGUCACAAGGUCUUGAUGGGGUGGAGGCAAGGGUCAUUCAGCAAGCAGACAAUGUCAAGCAUGGCCGAACUUCAUACUAUGAGCAAAUUACUUGCUCCCAAGAAGCUGGGUUGCUGGUAGGAGAUGAUCAGAGGAUCGUUAACCAGCAUGGAGCUGGACAACCAGCUGGCAGUCUCAAAGCAUCUGAUAGUGGCUCCGGAGUUCAGGAAUCACUGCCUUCUAAUGAUUAUGAAAGUUUGAAGAUGGAUGGUUCAGAAGGUGCUGGCAUUUCUGUCCUCCUUAAGAGGUCAAGCAGCAGCAAGGGGCCUGUUGUUCAAGCCAGGACUUUUGUUGCCUCUACCAUUUCUUAUGAUAAUUUCUCUUACAGUAGAGACAGUGCAAACAGUUUGAGAAACUCCACUGGAUAUGGCAGUACGUCUGCUUCAUCCUCUGUUGAUUUUAGCUCAGCUAGGCAAGUAGAAACUCGUGUUCAACGGCAGUUAAGUGGCAGGAAAUCUGAUAUGGAGAACCACAGAUAUGACAUAAGCACUAGACCCCAAAGCAGCGCAUCGUCUUUGUCUGGAACGUCAAACCACAAUUACCUUGGUCUUGCAACAAGCACCCAUGAAGAGAAUAGGGAGUGUUUUCUUGGUGAUCUGAAACAAGAUGGAAUAGAAGGAGCAACUGCAACUGCAACUUUGCAAGUGUUGACAUCAGAAAACAAAGAAAAUGUUGCUUCUAAUGCAUCUUUGACUGAUGCAGUAGUUCCCGAGGUCGUCUCUUUUGAGCAGAAUGAGAAUAAUAGACUAAUAGAUGCUUCCUCAUGCCAUUCAGUUGGCACUCCUUUAGAGGAGAAUUCAGCAGCAUCAUUUCCAAAUUGUGAAGACUACCAUUCAAAUCAAAAUGAAGAUGAUAACCAGAACAAUGCAAGCACUGUCUCGGAUUUAGACACAUCAGUUAUUCCUCCAGAUCCCCCUGCUGGAAUGGAAGAUACCAUGUCGAGUACUAGUCUCGAUAGGAAAAAUGAUGCUGUGGUUCCCACCCAUAGUUCUUUGGCGUCAAUAUCAGAAAUUGAAGCUGAGAAUUUUUGUCACAGUAACCCUGACUCAGAGAAUGAUGAUGCCCCCAGAAAUUCAAAGAGCCCCACAAAUGAAUUUCCAUCUGAUAAGGAUAUGUCUACUUCUGUUCUGGAGCAUGGCAACUCGGAUCAUUUACAUGGCAUAUUGGAAGAUUCUACUGUAAUGGUUCGGGAAGGAAGUAAGGCAAGAAGCCUAACCCUUGAAGAAGCAACUGAUACAAUACUUUUCUGUAGUUCCAUUGUCCACGAUCUGGCCUACCAGGCUGCAGCAAUAGCCAUUGAAAAAGAAGAUUCAGUCCCUUUGGAAGGUUCUUGGCCAACUGUUACAAUUGUGGGAAAAUCUACUGCAGAUAGAAAGGAUUCACGCAACAGGACUACUGGGAAACGUACAUCAAAGUCCCAGAAAGCUAGACAAAAUAAAAAGACAGAAUUAGAUGUAAAAUCGCCUUCUAGAAAGACCGAGAAUGAUGAAAAUGCCAACGAAUCUAUGGUACGCAAUGUUGGCGUUCCUAAUAACACGGACAGUGCAAAGCCUCCGAAGCUGGAAUCGAAAUGCAAUUGCACAAUAAUGUGAAAGUCUUUCAUUCACACAGCGCAGUCAGUGCCAUGCACUGCAUAACUCUGCUACUUCCUUCAGCCAUUUGGAGAAGUUGCUGAGUGCUUGUAUGUUAAUGGUCUUUUUUUCUGUGUUUGAGGGGCUGUUUAGAUUAUUUUGCCAAAUCGGUUUCUGUUGGUUCCAAUUUAUUUGUAAGAAACACCACGAUGUGCUGGUGACAUAAUUGUAAAGUUUUUAUUUGUUAUUAGGUUGAUAUUAGUUAAGGCAUUGGAGAUUUGUGUUUGCUCUGCUCCAUUUGCCAGAUUCUUGUUAGUUACUCCCACUUGAUUCAAGUCCUUGGUUAGAGAGAAGUGUGAACUAAAACCCCAACCAUUCAUAUUUGAUUGUUACAAAGUAUAGCUUUGAUUUUGCAACA